CUUGUCUUCUUCCUAGUCAGAUCAUUCAGAGUUCAGACACAGUCGAACUGCUGAAGCUCAAAACCAAUGAAGGCGGUAGUGGUAACGACCCCCGGCGGACCGGAGGUCCUCCGAGUACAAGAAGUAGAAGACCCAGAAAUCAAGGACGACGAGGUUCUUAUCAGAGUCGAGGCCACCGCGCUGAACGGAGCCGACACUUUUCAGAGGAAGGGACUGUACCCACCACCUCCGGGGUCCAGUCACUACCUGGGCGUCGAAUGUUCUGGAACCAUCGACGCCAUCGGGAAACACGUGUCAAGAUGGAAAGUGGGCGAUCAGGUGUGUGCUUUACUUAAUGGAGGAGGGUAUGCUGAGAAGGUGGCUGUUCCGGCGGGACAGGUUCUUCCGGUUCCACCUGGGAUUUCUUUGAAGGAUGCUGCGAGCUUUCCGGAGGUGGCGUGCACUGUCUGGUCCACCAUUUUUAUGAUGAGCCGGCUAUCUUCGGGCGAAACACUUUUGGUUCAUGGGGGUUCCAGCGGAAUCGGUACAUUUGCUAUUCAGAUUGCUAAAUACCGGGGAGUAAGGGUAUUUGUCACAGUAGGUAGUGAGGAAAAGUUAGCAGCUUGUAAGGAGCUUGGGGCUGACGUAGGUAUCAAUUACAAGACGGAGGACUUUGUUACACGGGUAAAGGAAGAGACAGGCGGCAAAGGUGUUGAAGUCAUCUUGGAUAGCAUUGGGCAAGCCUAUUUUAAACGUAACCUUGACAGCUUAGCUUUUGAUGGGAGGCUUUUUGUCAUUGGGACCCUGAGUGGCGCUGUCUCAGAAAUAGAUCUUCGUAUGGUGCUUUCAAAGCGCCUCACCAUCCAAGCGGCUGGUUUGCGAUUCAGAAGUCCAGAAAACAAAGCAGUAAUUGUUAGAGAGGUGGAGGAGAACGUGUGGCCUGCAAUUGUGGCUGGCAAGGUGAAAACUGUUGUCUACAAGCGUUUCCCAUUAUCUGAGGCCGCUUGAGUUCACCAACUGUUGUCUACAUGAAGCUUAGUCUAUCAUACGGUUUGUAAUUUCGUGCUUCAUGCUAAACUGUUUCAUCUCGGUAAGUAAUGAUACUGUAUACUAAACAUUUGUGUU